AUUUGAAGAUGGAUACACAGCUAAAACUUUCAAAGUGUGUGACAUUCUAAGUAAGGAUGAAAAGAAAAUUGACACUUUUGAGGACCUCAAGCCUGGAGAUGAAGUUCUUGCACGUUGGUCUGACAAUAAAUUUUAUUGUGCUACUGUGGAAUAUGUUGGAAAUGAUGACAACAAGAAGGUUGCAAAAAAAGAUUCAGUCAAAGUCUCAGCCAAAAAAAAAGACCCAGCUGCAAAGAAAUUCUUUAGUCACUCUUUGUUCACUCAGUCAGAGCCAGAGGAUAGACCCCCGUCCCAGCAGCCAUCAUCUCCCUGGCAGCCUCCGCACAGUCAUGCUGUACACCAGCCUCUCUUUCUCCAUCAACUAUACUCUCCCCCUCCUCCCCAACCAUCUUCUCACCACCAAUCGUCUCAGGAGCCACCUCCUCCCCAACCAUCUACUCACCACCACUCCUCUCAGGAGCCACCUCCUCUCCAACCAUCUACUCACCACCACUCCUCUCAGCAGCCACCUCCUCCCCAACCAUCUACUCACCACCACUCCUCUCAGCAGCCACCUCCUCUCCAACCAUCUACUCACCACCACUCCUCUCAGCAGCCACCUCCUCUCCAACCAUCUACUCACCACCACUCCUCUCAGCAGCCACCUCCUCCACAACCAUCUACUCACCACCACUCCUCUCAGCAGCCACCUCCUCCACAACCAUCUACUCACCACCACUCCUCUCAGCUUGAACACUACCAGAAUGAAAUCUCUCCCUGAGUUACUCCUGGAUGAUCUGAGGACCUGAAGGGAAAAGGAUUUCCCUUGACUAUCUUUUUUGCUGCUUCCUGUCUGCCUCUAAUCAGUCCUGUUGGGACAAAUCUUUACAACUGCUAACCUUCACUUGGACCUUUAAACUCUCUUGCAAUGGUGGGCACCAGCCCGCUAAAGUGCAAAUCCGCUAAUUGCG